AUGGAAGAACUUCCGAAAAGUCUCGAUUCGUGGCAGGUCGAGGGCCUGGACGACGACUUCCUCGACCUCGCGUUUGGGGCAGAUUGGAACCCUGGGUUGGUUGACGAUUUCCUCGCCAAUACAAAGCCUUUGGAUGAACAUGCCACCGAUUUCCAAGUCAGUCUCGUCAAUGCCCAUUUUGAAUAUUCUCAAGACGCCGCGCGCGACAAUGCCCACCACACAACAGGCAUCAACGAUACAACACAGCAUCUUGUCAAGAGACAGCACCAGGCGACGCCAAUCGUCCAGCCAGCCGUGCGGUUCUCACCAGCUUCGAUCAAAAUACUCAAGACAUGGCUGUCAACCCAUUCGGACAAUCCAUACCCGCGAGUUGAAGAGGUCGAAGCGUUCCAGAGGCAGACCAACCUCAGCAAACAGCAGAUCAUGACAUGGUUUGCCAACGCCCGCCGGCGAUCAAAGAACAUCAACAUACGUAAAUCUGCAGCUCGGGACAGAUCUUCAAGCCCGAUACCAUUCACCCCAUCACCAGGUCGUUCAACUCAUGGUGCCGUGAUUGGCGAUCAGAUGGAUCCUUUUCAAAGAUGGACCAACUCGCCCCCAGACCAGGAACCGGCUGAGAUGAGCGCUAUCGCGAGGGCUGUUGCAAGCUCUCUGGUAGUCCAUGAUCAAGAGGACUCCCUUGCCACGCAAGGCGCCUCUCCAAGAAUUCACAAUUGGCAGCGUCAUGAAAAGUCACUUCAUCUAUCGCUAGAGCGCUGGGAAUGCUCCCCAGAUGGACCUAUUUUCCGAAACGCCCAUUUUGAGCCAGCUUGUGUUUAUUGUGGCGUGGUCGAGGGCUUCAACAUGGACGCCCAUUUGCAGAGCCACAAUUACGAAGCUUGUCAUAUCCGAACCCCGGAGGAACGUACAUUCUACCGAAAGGACCACCUACGCCAGCAUCUAAGACUGAUUCAUCAGGUUCAAUUAGAACCACUACUAAUGAAAUCCUGGAAGACUGAGGUGAUGGAGGUCCGGUCCCGGUGUGGCUUCUGUAGCCUCGCCUUGAGCACUUGGACAGACCGAGUGGAUCAUCUGGCAGAACACUUCAAAAAUGGCAUGACAAUGGCUGACUGGGAGGGAGACUGGGGUUUCGAACCUCGUGUGCUGGAGAUGGUGGAGAACUCCAUCGCACCAUACAUCAUAGAUUAUGAACGAAAUUCGCCCUGCCCAUUCGUGGCUUUGCAAACGAUCUCUGACGGCCCCUCAACGGCGUUUGAGCUUUUACAACUGGAGACUGAGUACUUCUGCUCAAGCCACAUCAAUGUCCAUCACACGCUACCUUCGAAUCAAGAGCUCCAGUACGAACUGUGCUGCAUCAUUCUUGCCUCUGAAAUUCUGUCUCGCGAUACCAUUUCUCCCGCUUCCUCGUGGGUUCGCGACCUCCUCAUGUCUUCCGAGCAUAUCACUAGACAAGCCAAAUCGCGUCCCAUUAGGAGCGGUUCACGCUUUACGGAUCUACGCACGCAUGGGCAAGAGAACAUAUUUGGGAGCUGUCAUAUGGAGGGGGCGUUGCAAGAGUAUGUGAAGAGUAUGACAACACAGGGUGCAGAUGUCACGAACGAAUUGCUCCAGCAACAGGCUUGCAACAUCAUAUGGUCAUUGGCCACAUGUUCUUCGAGUCCUUCCGACAUGCUAGCGAACCUGCUGGUGAAUUUGACUUACAGUUCUACGAGCUGGCUUAUCACUUUUCGUGAGCGAGCAGGCCUACCGCCCGCCUACCCUGAGCAUGAAGCGUUACAGACAAGCCCACUAUCUUCCGAUGUUGCCUCUAAAACUCGGGCAAAAGGGUGCGUAGAUCGUCUGGACGUUGACACCGGUAUCCCAUCAACGCUUGCGGAAACUGUGCCAGGUCCAAGUAGCGAUGCAGCACCAUUGAUGAGGUCGUCGGGCUUUGUCGACGACAGCUACUACAGACGCCUGAUCAGGGAACUCACUCGCUUCAUCUCGAGUGCCAUAUCCCCGCGCAAUCCUAACAGACAUGUGCCGACAGAUCUCGAGAUUCAGAAUCAGGCGCGAUGGAUCCUCUAUGAUUGCGACGAUCCGUGGAAUCAAACACCAGCAGAUAAUGAGAAUUGGUUGAAGGACUUCAAAGAUUCCAUAUCGAUGCCUAAGCAGUAGGUGCUUGUCUCGUGGCUUGGCUGAUGGGAAUUUACUAUACAGACAACCCGACACCAAGUUUGUCCUCGCAAUGCACUGAUUGACACAAUCCUCGGCAUCGAUCUCAUUACGCAGCUUAUUUGUCUCUCGUCUGUCCUGAACUCAAGCAGAAAUAUUGUCGGUCUACAUGUUCCCUUCAAGUCUGCCAAAGCCAGAUUACCCUUUAUCGUUGCGGGCUAUUCCUUGCCAGCUACAGCGACAAAGUUUACGAGUAACGUCGAGGUACGACAAACCUUUACAGCCCUUGGGAAACGGCUUCAAUUUCCAGUGGCCUCGAGAUUUCAAACGCCAUUUAUGCAACUUCGUCGAUCGUCAAUUCAUUGUAUACCGUACGG